AUGGUCGACGGCGACGACGACGCGGCGACGCUGUACGACGAUUUAGUCGACGCGCACGGCGACGACGCGAGGGUGGGCGAUGAUGGGAUCGACGGACGAUCGACGCGGGAGGCGAUCGGGCGGAUGAAUGUCAAAGUUGCAGAGUUGGAGGAAAAACUUCGCGCGAGCGAGGGCGAGCGUGAGGCCCUGCGCGCGCGGUGUGAAAACUUGGAGCGGAACAUGAGUUGCUUGUUUAACACGGCUAUGUUGGAGGUGGAGCGGAAGGAUAAGGAGAUCGCGAGAUUGCGCGAGGAACGCGAGUGA